AUGGCGGAGAGACCCCCCAGCAGCCCCAGGGUGGCCUGGGAGGAGGUGGCGGCUCCCCGGGAGACCAGGUCUCCAGCGGAGCCCUACGCGGUGACCAUGGUCCAGCCGCUGCAGAUGGGCGAGACGCUGCCAGAGGAGAAUCCAGAGCAUCCAGAGCUCGAACCAGGAUGGGAUUCCGAGGGCAGCUGCUCUCUUUCUUCACUUGACAGCAGCGAGUCGACCACGGUGUUUGGACUACACCUUGAGCCUUCUCAGGUGACAGACAUUGUCCUCAUUGCGAUCGAGGCCUUGACAGCAGAUGACAUCUCUGACAGGCAGAUGGGCAGCAACAUCCUGGACAUGGUCGUGCUAGACCCUGGCUACUGGCUGACGGACGUGCCAAAGUUCAUGAGGUACAUCCACAAAAACGUGGAGUGCAUCUGCACGGAGCCAGCCCGGCACAGCCUGGACUCCCUUCUCCUCCGAAUGACCGAGUGGUGCCCCAGAGAAGUGGUCAGGAGCCUGUUGAAGAUCUCGCCAACCUGUGACAGCGCUGCCCUGGCCAUGUGGGAGGUGAUGAUCUCCGUGCCUUGGAUUUUGUGGAGCGUCUUGACGGAGCUGCUCAGCGUGCUCCAGGACCAGCGGGUGCGCAAGGUGUUCAGCUGUGCCACAGAGGACGCCUGCAUCUAUCCCUUGGCUCUGCUGCUCUACACUGACAUUGAUGCCGAGGAGUUUGCUGCCCUGUACAGAGCCCAGAGGUACCUGAGGCGUCCAAGCUCAGUGAUGCUCUCGCUGGUGCUCAGUGUCCUCAUCACGCUUUCGAAAAAACCUAAGAUGGCAACAAAAAUGCAGGUCCUGCUGCCAGACAUCAUGGAGAACCUGCAGGAUGCCAACGCUGAUGCCAAGAUGAAGGCCCUGGUGUUCCUCAGGAGCAUGAUGGGUGACGCGAAGACUGAGGAGGCCAGCCUCAUUGCUGUGCAGCUGGCGGAGAAGCUCCCACCCCUCUUUGAUGAUGGCUCUGGGGCCACUCAGCCUCAGCUGCACAGCAGGCCCACAGCUCCUGUGUUCGGGAUCUGA